AUGAUUAUAUACCAGCGGAAGAUAUUAUCAAGUGUCCCUGCAUUCGUAAUAGAAAAAAACAAGAGGCGGAAGAUUGAGUUAAAUACAGCUACUCUGCCUGUCCACACACAUUCAGACCAUGUAUUAUAUUCUGCAUUAAAAGAAUGGCGUUGGAAUAAUAAGACAAAGCCCAUAGGAUUGAAGAAUGCGGCCAAUGCUUGCUAUUUAAACAGUGUAAUAUCAAGCCUAAUGUACUUAGUACAGGAUACGAAUCAAGAAGAUAUUUCUCAUGAUGAAUGUACGAAUGAGAAAAAUUGUUUGUCAUGUCGAUUUAUGAUAUUCAUUCGAAAACAGUCUCCAACAACAUUGAGCAAAUCAUCAUUUGGUAAAAUGGUUCAAAUCUAUGCCAGAAGAUCUAAGCUUGACUUCAAUGGUCAAGAGCCAGGGGAUGCGGUAAAAUUCUUUAUUCAUUUAUUAGAAUGGAUGAUACAAGCCCAGAUACAAAAUCACCGGAUACGGGGGUCUAGUAGCGACUUGGUGGACUUGGACGCAUCUUUGAAGCAACUAACUACAUUGUUUGGAAGAAUUUUUAUGUUCAUUACUCAGCAGUCGACAACUUGCUCUAAAUGUCGAAGAAAAUCCCUGCGAAGGACCGUCAAUCGUCUUUUACCCGUUUACGGGUGCGGAGAUACUUUACAGCAGCUUGUCAAUAAACGAAUGGAUGAGGAGACGGUUAGUAAUUACGUCUGCGAGUAUUGCAAUGAGUCAUGCGAUCAUCUAUUUGAAACCGAAUUGCUUUCCUCACCCUCUUGUCUAGUGCUACAGUUUAUACGCACACGAACACCUGCAACAAUCAGUGUUUCUGGUGAAGAACACUCUCUAGACAUCGUGAAUCCACUAAGUGUCUCCCUCUCAGCACAAGGACAAUUUAUUACCAACUAUGAAGCGGCUGCUGUGGUGUGUCAUUGCCCCUCUAACGACUCCCCUGAGGAGCAGGGCCAUUAUGUCUCUUUCAUCAAAAGAAGGCAUUGGUACAUAGUCGACGACGAUUGCGUGUCCCAGGUCGCUAGUGCAGAUGUGGAGCGAGCAAUUAGCGAAGGCGCCGUUCUUGCUUUCUACAAGUGUACGGGCCCUUGCUUGUCCUUCGACCAAUGUGACCAGCUUCAAUGCCACCAGCUUCCUGAGAAUGACAAAGGCCGGCUCGAGAGGGUCGAUUUGCCCAUUGCCGAGGCCAUUGCCGCCAGGAAUCAAUCGCAGCAGCUGGCCACUGGCUUAGGUUGUGACGCACCUUUGACCUUCGAAAUUACCGCUGCUACCCCCAGCAAUCAACAAGAUGUUUAUCGCGCCCUAGUGCAUCGUGAGGACCCGCGGGAUAACAGCGACGAUAGCCGCCUUGCCGACACUCACCUUGCCGAUAUCCAAGCCAUCCUCGGCGGCCGUAGUUAG